CAGUCUGGAGACGCAGAGGCUGCAGGUCCUGGAGUCAAGCAGGAGAAGUCUGAAGGAGAGGAGGACCCACGGCACAGCAGAGACAUCCAGGCUGGAGCGCCCCCUGUAAGCACAGAGGACCCCACCACCGUCCCAGCGCAGCCCAGGACCCGACACAGCAUCACGGAGGUCAGUGGAACGCAGAACGCCGUCCUCAAGUCAGAGACCGACACCAAGACUUUAACUGUAACACACAGGCUCUUACACACAGGUUCUGACCACAGAUCAGACCCAGAAAGACUUGGGCGGGGGAGGCUGGGCUGUCCUCCUGCUCCCGGUUCUGACUACUUACCGGUAUUUCACCAGAGGAUGGUUCAUUGCCGUGGGGAUGGUGAUGAUGACGCGAUAGACACUGGUGGUGAUGAUCCGUCUUGUUCUUACGCUACGGAGAUGGACCCUGGCAACAUGCCCUUGGGUUUAGAGACACAGACUGAUCUGUCUAGAGGGGGCUGGAACCAGUACAGUAGUAGUGUAUACUCUGAAGGGUGCCUAGAUGAGAAAGGGAAGGUUAUAGUGGUAGAUGAGGUGGCUGUGAAAGUAGAGGGCGUCAUUCCUUCCACAUGGAAUGCAGAUAGUUCCCUAGGAAACAGACACUCACAAGGCAGAGAUUUCUUAGAUUACAGGGAAAGCUUAGAGACAAAUCCAAAUGUUGAGACCCACUCCCCUUCACACGCAUUCAGGGAUCGCGACCCAGUGUCUACGUCGAUGGGGCCUUCCGAUUUACACGGCCGUGUCCCUUUUGAUCAGGUAUUGAACUCAAAGGACCAAAGGGCCAAGGCCCUUGGGGAAGCAACAUCAGGCAAUAGUAAAGAGAAACGGUUCCUUUGCAUGUUCUGUAACAAAGGCUUCAGCUGCUCCCAGAAUGUGGAGAUCCACCAGAGAGUCCACACGGGAGAGAAACCUUACAGCUGCCCCCAGUGUCACAUGCGCUUCGCCCAGUCUGGCAGCCUGAAGAGGCACCAGAGGGUCCACACAGGGGAGAAACCCUACAGCUGCCCCCAGUGUGAGAAGAGGUUCUCCCGCCAACACCUGCUGAAGACGCACCUGAAGGUUCACACGGGAGAGAGGCCGUUCGUCUGUACGCACUGCGGGAAGAGGUUCUCAGAGAGGAGCUACCUCCGGAUACACCAGCAGAAAAAUCAUUCCACUCUAUAACAUAGAAAGUUUGUUUAGAUCAAACCCUACAAUAAAGAUAGACUCAGCAACAUGACUUAGAUGCACAAAGUAAACAGCGGUAGUUGGUCAAUUUCUGCAACAACUAAGAGCAUUGAUGCACAAGGCUAAACUUCUCUGAUGUUUUGGUCCUGCAGCUACCACCUUGUAGCAGCGUGAAGCGAACCCGUGUACAUGUGCAGAUACUCUUUGUGACUGUGUGAGACCAUCAUGCUCAUCACAAUAUCUGUGGUUCUGCUCGUGGCAACCACAUAACGAGUCUUCCUUUUAAAGACAAAGGUUCAUUUUCAUUGUUGUCAGAAUAACAGAUUUCAGUGUUGAAUAUUCCUGGGUAGAAUAUUGCAGUCAGGCAUUGUGUGAUACACAUAUAAUUACAGUGCCUUCAGAAAGUAUUCACGCCACUUUACUUUUUCCACAUUUUGUUGUGUUACUGGCCUACACACAA